AGCUACUAGCAUGUCCAACACCACCGCCACCAUCACCGCUGCGUUAGUGCUUUUAGCUACGUAAAUGGGGGAAGAUCAUAAUAUGCCAUCAUUUAUGCCUCUAAGUAUUCUGUCCCUUUCACUUUACCUCCUUACGUUAAACCAUGCAUAUGUUCUUUUGGCACCCGCUCCUUCUCCUGUUAGCAUUUCUUCACCUCCAUCAGCAUAUCAACCAUAUGAUAGCUAUCUUAUUAAUUGUGGAUCUUCUACGGAAACAAGGCUCGAUGAUGGACGAAUAUUCAAGUCAGAUACUCAAGCACAUAGUUAUCUAUCAACUAACCAAGAUGUCAAAGCCUCCAUGGAUUACAUUCCCAGCGAUGCCUUCUCCAAUUCCAUCCCUUCAUCAACGGAGGGUUUGUAUAAAACUGCAAGGGUUUUCCUUCAUCGUUCAACAUAUACGUUUUACAUCUCAAAACCGGGGAAACAUUGGGUUCGUCUCUACUUUUACCCUCUUCAUCACCCUCACUAUGAUCUUGAAACUGCAGUUUUCACUGUCCAUACUGAAAAAUUCGUCCUUUUACAUGAUUUCUCUGUGAGGGGUUAUUCUAAAGUGGUUUUCAAGGAAUAUCUUGUUAAUGCUAUCGAACUUUUCUCCCUCGUUUUCGAGCCAAAAAAGGGUUCUUACGCAUUCGUUAAUGCCAUCGAGAUCGCGGCUGUCCCUGAUGAAUUUAUCUCUGAUACGGCAUCUUCAGUCCCGCAAGGUGAGACCGUUAAUGGCUUGUCGAAUUAUGCUUUGGAAGUGUCGUAUCGGUUGAAUAUGGGAGGACCAAUAUUAACUCCCAAAUACGAUACAUUGUCGAGGACAUGGAUGCCUGAUACCCCAUACAAUGUGUUCCCACAAGGAACUGAAGCUGUGAGAGGUUCUUAUAUCAAAUACCAGCCUGAUAAAUGGAUAACUUGGUUAAUUGCUCCAUAUUUGGUGUACGAAACCGCGCAAAGGAUGAAGACCGAGGCGCAUGCUCAAACCGUGGAGCCGAAGUUCAAUCUCACUUGGGUGGUGAACGUCGAUGCAGGCUUUUCGUAUCUCAUCAGGAUGCACUUUUGUGACAUUGUAAGCAAGUCUCUCAAUGAUUUGUACUUCAAUGUGUAUAUAAACAGCUUAAUGGGGUUUUCGAGUCUCGAUCUCUCAGCUGAAACCGGUGGCUUGGCCACUGCAUAUUACAUCGAUUUCGUGCUUAAUGCCUCUGCCAUCACAAAUGGUUCCAUCGUGGUUCAAGUUGGUCCGGCCUCGACUGGCGGCCUACCUAAUGCCAUCCUCAAUGGCUUGGAGAUCAUGAAGAUAAACAACGUUGAUGAUAGCUUGGAUGGUUUAUAUGCUGUUGACGGUUCAUACGAGGGGAAAUUUAUGAAACUCAAAGUGCUUGCAAUUUCAGGGAUUUUUAUGGCCUUCUUGGCCAUGUUCUUCCUCGGAAUCGUUUGUGUUCGGUGGAAAAAACGGCCUCCAGAUUGGCAAAAACGAAACAGCUUCUCGUCGUGGCUUCUACCAAUCCAAGGCAGUAGCCGUAAGAAUUCCUUGAGCAGCUCCUGGAAAUCUAGCAUCUUUGGCUCAAGAAAAAGCAAGAGUGGACACUCAAGUUAUUAUUCUAUUCAAGGUCUGGGCAGGUUCUUCACUUUGAAUGAGUUACGAACUGCAACCCAUAAUUUUGAUGAGAAGAUAGUGAUUGGCGUUGGUGGGUUCGGAAACGUGUUUCUCGGGGCCCUAGAAGAUGGAACCAAGGUUGCAAUAAAAAGAGGCCACCAAGGAUCAGAGCAAGGCAUAAACGAAUUCCAGACUGAAAUAGAAAUGCUUUCAAAGCUCAGGCAUCGACAUCUCGUGUCACUUAUAGGCUUUUGUGACGAGGAAUCAGAGAUGAUACUGGUUUACGAGUAUAUGGCAAAUGGUCCGCUUCGCGACCAUCUCUAUGGCUCGAACGACAAACUGACUUUGUCUUGGAAACAACGGCUUGAUAUCUGCAUUGGUGCAGCACGAGGAUUGCAUUAUCUUCACACUGGUGCAGCAAUAGGGAUCAUCCACCGCGAUGUAAAGACCACAAAUAUUCUCCUAGAUGAUAACUUCGUAGCUAAGGUAUCCGAUUUUGGGCUCUCCAAAGCUGCCCCUAUGGAGCAAGGCUAUGUUAGCACUGCAGUGAAGGGUAGCUUUGGGUACCUCGAUCCUGAAUACUUCAGAAGACAACAACUUACUGAUAAAUCUGAUGUUUACUCGUUCGGUGUCGUUCUUUUCGAGGUUUUAUCGGCAAGGGCAGUUAUUUGCCCCAGACUUCCAAGGGAUCAAAUUAGUUUGGCUGAAUGGGCAAUGCAGUGGCACAGAAAAGGGAUGAUUGAGAAAAUUGUUGACCCCCAAAUUGCAGGGAGUAUCAGUGAAGGAUCAUUGAAAAAAUUUGCAGAAACUGCUGAGAAAUGUUUAGCUGAAUAUGGAGUUGAUAGACCAAGCAUGGGAGAAGUCCUAUGGUACUUGGAAUAUUCAUUGCAACUUCAAGAAGCUACUAUUGCUUCUUCUUCUUCCUCUUCUUCAAAUAUUAAUGAUUUAUUAGAAGAAAAACUAAGUAAAAAUGUUGUCUCCAUUGCUAAUAUUCUUUCUGAUGAUGACUCUGAUAGUACUGUUGGCUCUCAGUUGCAUUUUCCAAACGUGGGAAAUAUGCAGGGAAGGUAAACAAAUGGUGAAAUAUCAUCAAAUGAGGUUUCAAAGGAGCUUUUCAUCCUUUUCACAACUCCUAAAACGUUUUCAAAGAAAAUGUUGUGA